AUGAAGUGGCCGACACACUGGCCCAGAGCCCUUCUCCUCCUCGUCGUGGCAACGCUAGAGGCUCAGUCAUGGUCUCAUCAUAGCAUCAACGGUGUGGCAGCCGCCGCACCUUGGACUCGCGACAGAAAGCUGCAGGCGAGGUGCGUCGCGUGCAUGAACAACACCCGCGAGCUGUGGUAUCACGGCUUUGACAAUUACAUGAAGCAUGGUGCAGGUCCCGAUUGGUACAAUCUGGCUAACGUUGCGACAAAUGAUGUCGCCGGAAACUUUUCCGUCACACUCGUAGAUGCCCUCGACACCCUCGUUGUGCUGAAUGACACCAUAGGCUUUGAGAAUGCUGUCCAGGAUGUCAUCAGGGCGGUAUCUUUCAACGUCAACACCAAACCACAGGUCUUCGAAACAACUAUCCGCGUCUUGGGAGGUCUAUUGUCCGGACACCAGUUCGCUAGCAAGCCAGGACAACCAUUCUAUAUACCAUGGUACCGAGGUGAACUAUUAUCCUUGGCUCAUGAUCUGGGGGAACGGCUUUUGCCAGCAUUCAAGACACCUACUGGGCUGCCAUAUGCUAGGAUCAAUUUGAGACAUGGUAUACGUCCAGGAGAGUCUAUAGAUUCCUGCACUGCGGGUGCAGGAUCUCUUAUUUUGGAGUUUGGAACUCUCAGUCGACUGACCGGAGAUGAUCGUUUUGAAAAAGCCGCCUACAAAGCUUUUUUUGCCCUAUGGAACAAAAGAUCCGAUAUUGGGCUUGUCGGAAACACCGUCAACAUUUGGACAGGAACAUGGACUCAUCCUGAGGUCAAUGGCAUUGGAGCUGGCGUUGACUCAUUUUAUGAGUAUGCCUUGAAGUGGUACAUCUUGAGCGGCGAGGUGGAGUUUCUUGAUGUCUUCCAAGAGGCUUACGCCGCUGUAAUGCGUUAUUCUCGAGCUCCGGAUGGAUUCUGGGGUGAUCCAGUGUACUUGACGGUCGACUCUCUGUCAGCGUUCUGGCCUGGACUUCAAGUCCUGGCGGGCGAUAUCGAGAAUGCUAUCAAGUCCCAUAUGAUCUAUUGGAACCUUUGGAAGAAAUUCGCGGGCUUACCCGAAGGCAAGUUGAUGUCGUUGUGGGACAUGAGCUACAGGGCGGCGACCUCGCUUCAAUAUCCUCUACGGCCUGAAUUCGUUGAGUCAACAUGGUACCUGUACCGAGCCACUCGGGAUCCGUUCUACUUAGAUGUUGGAGAGCGAAUACUUUCAGAUAUCAUAGUCCGGGCCAAAGUCGACUGCGGGCUUACUGGGAUUAGUGACCUCAAAACGAACAACCGCGACGACCGGAUGGAGUCGUUCGUGCUAUCGGAAACACUGAAGUAUCUAUACUUGCUAUUUGAUGAAGAAAAUGAGCUACAUCGUGAUGAUUCGAACAUGGUACUGACUACGGAGGGCCAUCUGUUGAGUAUGAACCGCAAACUAGAGAAGCCCAUCUCUGCUGUUCGCCGAGAAUUGCGGAGAGUGGAACACCUCUCGUGUCCAGCAUACAAACCCCCGGUGCUAGCUACUGAUCCCGUCACAGGGAGCGGGCUGACUGGCGGUGUGUAUACAAGACCUGACGUCGAUUAUGCGCGGGCACUGGUCGCGGCUCCUGCAACGGGAUCAGAGGAGUACGUUUGGUCACCGGACGGGUUCUGUCAAAUGCCCAAAGUCGAUCUUUACACGUUCGACUUUCUAUUGUCACCCGACGGACAAGCCGUGCCAGAAGACUUCAAUCCAACCUCGAAAAAACUUGUCCCUGUAUCAGAUGGCUAUGUCCUGCAAGACGUUGCUGGUAUUAGGGCAUAUAUUGUCAGUCGUAUGGACGGCAAAGGUUACGAUGUCACAAAGCUGGGACCAUACAGCGUCAAGACUGGGCAGAUUGUCUAUGUCAAUGACUCUCACCUCCUGUUAGCACCUUUGGAUGGAAAGGGUGCGAUAAAUGAAGACGGGGUUGGCAGUAAGCGUCGGUCACCCGAGGUCGAACUUCGUAUCUACCUCGAUUUCUUGGGCUCUUCAGACGCAGUCCUGCAACUGCACCAUGAAGCUCCGAGCGAGGCCUUUAUCACAGCCUCCACUGCUAUGUUCGGUGCAGAUCCCGCGGCGUCGUACCCGGACAACACGGUCCGCUUCGGCCGUGGAGAGGGUGCCCGCCUCGUGCGCGACCCUUCCAACUCCUUCGGCUGCAUGCCCUAUAAACAGAAAUACGCGGGCGAAGCUUUGGUUGUGCGGCGCGGCGAGUGUACAUUCCUCGACAAGUUGUUCGAGGCUGCUGUCGCCGGGGCCUCUGGCGUCAUCGCAAUCAGCGACGAGGAUCACAGUAUCACGCCGUCUGCGGGGGCAGACGAGUUGCAGGGCAUAGAUGAUUUGCUCGAAGACGCCGCGAUCGUUGUCGUGAACCGUUCCGACGGCGAGCUCAUCACUGCGAUGCUGAACGCCGCAGACGGUUUCGGGACUGGGCAGGUGAGGGCCGCAAUCGCACCUGAAACAGUGCCUACAGUAAGUGGCGGAGGUGGAGACGAAGAAUUUUCCUCUGAGGCGAGGAGGCAGAAGGCGAGGGACGGGAACCGGAUUCUAUAUCUUAACGGGCACCCGCUGGUCAAUACCCGACUCAUGGUCUAA